UUUUUAUUUCCUUUUUCUUUUUCUUUUUCUAUAUUGGUUGUCUGUAUACCCAUUUCAAGAAUUGGGCUUGUUCCGGAAGUGGGGAAUCAAUUUGUUGUCGUGCGGUUGUCUUGCGGGUGAAGAUUUCCGUAUCUGUCACUUUGUGGGUGGUCUGUUGUGGUUUCAGUUUUCAGUCCUAAAGGUGCAAAAAUGUGAACCCUUUUCUUAUGUUUUUUUGAGCCAAUUCACCGUUUAGAAUACAACUAGCUUACUCACCAAACGUUCUACACGUUUUUUGACUGGUUUUGGUUCUGAUUUGGGGAGAAUUCAAGGAAUUGGGUGUUGGGGAACCGUUGUUGCAGGGUUUUGGGAUUGUGGGUUUAGUGGGGUUUUGGUUGUUGCCGUGCCUGUGCAGUCAAGUGAAAUGGGGACCAAUGGGAUUGACGGGAUUGAGAGCUCGCUCAAAAGUUCAGAGGAAGUAGGUGUGUCUAACGGGUCAGCCGUUGUGGAAAACAAGUAUUCCGAGGGAGGUCUUGGGGCAGAGGAUGUGAAGGCGGGGUCGGGCCGGAGGACAUCCGUUUUGGAGAUUUCGCAACUGAAAGAUUUGAAUGAUAGUUUUUCACUAAGGAGGGGCUUGGAUCAUUGCAUCACUGCUCCUGCUGGCAUACACAAAAAUUUGCUAAUUGACGGCAAUGAGAUUGGAUUAUUUAGAUCUAUGACUGAGAAGAAGGAGGGUCCACGGCAUGACUUAAAAUUAGAUAGACUGUCAGAACGUGCAAAGCAAAAAUUAAUAGCAAACCUAGUGAAGAUCCAAAGUGAUGGGACGGUGGAGGUUGAUUUAGAUAAUAGUGCACCUGUGGCUUCAGAGUUGUUAGAGCUCCGUGCUAUUGAAGGGAUAUCAUCCAUUCAUAUUGAUGAAUCUUAUUUUGAAUUCAAUAAAUCAGUUCCGAAGUUGAAAAUUGUGAUGCUUGUGGUUGGAACAAGAGGAGAUGUACAACCAUUUCUGGCAGUGGCAAAGAGACUUCAGGAAUUUGGUCAUUAUGUUAGGUUGGCAACUCAUAGUAACUUCUGUACUUUUGUAAAGUCAGCUGGUGUGGACUUCUAUCCUUUGGGUGGUGAUCCUCGGGUUUUGGCAGGAUAUAUGGCCAGAAAUAAAGGUUUCAUUCCAGCUGGACCAGGAGAACUAUCUGUACAAAGAAAGCAGCUAAAGGCCAUUAUUGAAUCUCUUCUUCCAGCAUGCAUAGAACCAGAUAUAGAAACUGGUGUGCCUUUUAGAGCUCAGGCAAUUAUUGCAAACCCUCCUGCUUAUGGACAUGCACAUGUUGCUGAAGCUCUUGGUAUACCCCUCCAUAUCUUCUUCACAAUGCCUUGGACGCCAACAUAUGAAUUUUCUCAUCCAUUGGCUCGUGUACCUCGAAGUGCUGGUUAUUGGCUUUCAUAUAUAGUUGUGGAUUUGCUGAUAUGGUGGGGCAUAAGAGGAUAUAUUAAUGACUUCAGGAAAAAGAAGUUGAAGCUUCCUCCUAUUGCAUACUUCAGUACUUACCAUGGGUCAAUAUCUCAUCUGCCAACAGGCUACAUGUGGAGUCCCCAUGUUGUGUCAAAACCAAAAGAUUGGGGCUCCUUAGUUGAUGUUGUUGGCUAUUGUUUCUUAAACCUUGGGUCCAGGUAUCAACCUCAAGAAGAGUUUGUUCAGUGGAUCCAAAAAGGAGACAAACCUAUAUAUAUAGGUUUUGGGAGCAUGCCUCUUGAAGAUCCCAAGAAAACUACGGAUAUCAUAUUAAAGGCAUUGAAAGAUACAGGUCAGAGGGGAGUAAUUGACCGAGGUUGGGGAGGCCUUGGAAUUCUUCCGGAAGUUCCUGAUUAUGUUUUUCUUCUGGAGGAAUGUCCCCAUGAUUGGCUGUUUCCUCGGUGUUCUGCUGUGGUUCAUCAUGGUGGUGCUGGAACCACAGCUACAGGACUCAAGGCUGGGUGUCCAACAACCAUAGUGCCGUUCUUUGGAGAUCAGUUCUUCUGGGGUGAUAGAAUUCAUCAAAGAGGACUUGGGCCUGCACCUAUACCUAUAUCACAGCUCAGUGUUGAGACCCUUACUGAUGCCAUACGAUUCAUGCUCCAGCCAGAGGUUAAAUCUCAAGCAAUGGAAUUAGCAAAAUUGAUAGAGAAUGAAGAUGGGGUAGCAGCUGCAGUUGAUGCAUUUCAUCGGCAUUUACCUCCACAUCUACCACUGCCUACUGCAUCUUCAUCAGAAGACACAGAUCCCAACCCUCUACAGUGGUUCUUUUCUCUGAUUGAGAAAUGGUGUUGCCUUCCCUGUGGUUCCUAGGCUUCUCGCUUACCUCAUAAUGCUGUACAAAUGUGCCAUUUAGAAAAAAAAAAAAAAAACAAAGAGAGAAAAAAUAUAUUCACUUCAGCAUUUCAUUCAUUUCAUUCAUGGCCUUCUAGAUCGGUUCAAGGUGAUUGAUAAUAAUAGUCAAGAUAUUACCAUAGAUUUCCUUUCUGAGCUUGUAUAAGAAGAGGAUUAGGUUUCUUUUGUCUUCCUUCUUGUUGAUUAGAGUACCUAAUUGAGGAUGUAGAAUUAAUGGAUUGCGCUUGUUUACUCAAUUUAAUUUGUGUUGCUGAUAUCAGUUAUCAUCAUUUGCUUGAA